GCAAUCUUCUCUUGUCUAUGAUAAAAGUCAACAUAUAAAGUCAACAUAAAAAUGCUUCCUUUAUGUUUUCCUCCAAAUCUCCACACUCUCUCUCAGCAUCGCCAUGGACGAGACCCAGAUCGCUUCUCUCCUCAAAUCCUCCGAGCUCUACCCAAUCCCCCAAAGCCUCAAACUUUCCUACGGAACAGCCGGCUUCCGAGCCGACGCGUCCCUCCUCGAAUCCACCGUCUACAGAGUCGGCAUCCUCUCAUCCCUCCGCUCCCUCAAACUCAACUCAUCAACCGUCGGUCUCAUGAUCACAGCCUCCCACAACAGAGUCUCCGACAACGGCGUCAAACUCUCCGACCCCUCCGGCGGCAUGCUCUCUCAGGGAUGGGAGCCGUUCGCUGACCAGAUCGCCAACGCGUCUUCUCCAAGAGAGCUCGUGUCGUUGAUCAGAGAGUUCGUGGAGAAGGAAGAGAUUCCAAUGGGAGGAGGAGGAGAGGUGUGGCUGGGGAGAGAUACUAGACCUAGCGGCGAACGGCUUCUCCGAGCUGCGGAGAUCGGAGUUGGCUCUGUUUUGGGAUCCGUUGCGGUUGAUUUGGGGGUUUUGACUACUCCUCAGUUGCAUUGGUUGGUUAGGGCUAAGAACAGAGGUCUCAAGGCAGCUGAAAGUGAUUACUUUGAGAAUCUUUCGACUUCGUUUAAGUGUUUGAUUGAUCUGAUCCCUGUUGAGAAGCUAGAGAGUAGUCGUAGCAAGGUGGUUUUAGAUGGGGCUAAUGGCGUGGGAGGGCAGAAGAUGGAGGUGUUGAGAGGGUUUUUGAGUGGUUUAGAUGUUGAGAUACGUAACACAGGGAGAGAUGGUGGUGUGCUUAACGAAGGUGUAGGUGCUGACUUUGUGCAGAAGGAAAAGGUUGUGCCUUUAGGGUUUGGGUUAAAGGAUGUUGGGAUGAGGUGUGCUAGCUUUGAUGGCGAUGCGGAUAGAUUGGUUUACUUUUACGUUCCUUCAGAGUCUUGUUCUGGUGAUAAGGUUGAGUUGCUUGAUGGUGAUAAGAUUCUAUCUUUGUUUGCUCUGUUUAUCAAAGAGCAGCUGAACAGUAUUGAUGAUGAAGGGAAGGAGACUCGUCUUGGUGUUGUGCAGACGGCUUACGCCAAUGGUGCGUCGACUGAUUACCUUAAGGAGAUUGGGUUAGAGGUUGUUUUCGCGAAAACCGGGGUGAAGCAUUUGCAUGAGAAAGCAGCGGAGUAUGAUGUUGGGAUCUACUUUGAGGCUAAUGGACAUGGGACUAUUCUCUUCUCGGAGUCUUUCCUGUCUUGGUUGGUUGGUAAGCAAAAGGUUCUGAGUCAAGGCUCUGAUGAGCACGAUGCGGUUUCUAGGCUAGUUGCAGUGAGUAAUCUGAUUAACCAAGCGGUUGGUGAUGCUCUGAGUGGGUUGCUCUUGGUUGAAGCGAUUCUUCAGCACAUGGGAUGGUCAGUACAGAAGUGGAAUGAGCUGUACAAGGAUCUUCCUAGCAGACAGGUUAAGGUGGAAGUUCCGGACAGAACAGCGGUUGUGACAACAAGCGAAGAAACCGAGGCUCUGAAACCCUUGGGGAUUCAGGAUGCCAUUAAUGCUGAGAUCAAGAAACGCCAGCGUGGCAGAGCUUUCAUAAGGCCAUCGGGUACAGAAGAUGUGGUGAGAGUAUAUGCAGAAGCAUCCACACAAGAAGAUGCGGAUUCUUUGGCUAAUUCUGUGGCUCAGCUCGUCAAAAGCUUCCUUGGUUCAAGCUAAAGGGUCCAUCUGAAUCUCUGCAAGAGUAUGCCAAACGGAGAUUUUUCUUGUUUCAUCUCUUAGCUUUCACAUCUUACGUCUAAACCCAAAUUACAUGUUUCUCUUGUAUUUCGUGUUCUGUUUCUUGAGCGUUGCUUUGUUUAUCUUCAAGUUCUUCU